GGAGGGUUUGUAAUGAUUUUUCAAUCUUUUCUACUAGGUAAUUUAUUAUCUUCAUGCAUAAAGAUAAUGAAUUCAGUCGUUUUGGUCGGACUCUAUUAUGGAUUUCUGACUACGUUUUCCAUAGGGCCCUCUUAUCUCUUUCUUCUUCGAGCUUGGGGUAUGGAAGGAGAAACCGAGGAGGAGGUAGCAACAACAACUGAUUUUAUUAUGGGACAGCUCUUGAUGUUCAUAUUGAUCUAUUAUGCGCCUCUGCAUCUAGCAUUGGGUAGAUCUCAUACAAUAACUGUCCUAGUUCUAUCCUAUCUUUUGUUUCAUUUCUUCUGGAACAAUCACAAAAACUUUUUUUAUUAUGGGUCUACUACCAAAAAUUCAAUGCGUAAUCUCAGCAUUCAAUGUGUAUUCCUGAAUAAUCUAAUUUUUCAAUUAUUCAACCAUUUUAUCUUACCAAGUUCAACGUUAGCCAGAUUAGUCAACAUUUAUUUGUUUCGAUGCAACAACAAGAUGUUAUUUGUAACAAAUAGUUUUAUUGGUUAUAUUUUCUUUAUAAAAUGGGUUAGAUUGGUAUUAUUUUGGAUACGAAGUAUGGAAAGGUGUCUAUAA